AUGAUAUUAGACUUUCUACGUAGUCUGCAGAACCUGAUCGUAGCGAUAAUAUCAUGGCUACGCAAUCCGUCAAUACGACUCUUACCAUCACCGACAGACGACGCACCGUCGUCAUCCGCAGGGCCAGAACGUAACGUACCUGACACGAGACCAGUCUCUGUUUCGAGGGUAACAAUGACAGAGAUCGUGACCCCGACACACGCUGAUACUCGAGGAUUUAUAUAUGGCGGAGAAGUAAUCGGCUGGAUAGACCUUGCGGCAGGAAUCGCGGCCAAGAAACACGCCGUUUAUCCGUGUGUAACAAGAAGUGUAGAUGCAGUACACUUUAUGCAUCCGAUAAAAGUAGGAGAUUUUCUCGUCAUACAGGCAAGCGUGAAUAGGGCAUGGAACACAUCUAUGGAGGUCGGAGUACGCGUCGAGACUGAGAAUCCUUUAACGGGGAAAAGAAAAUAUUGCUGUCAUGCCCGUGCUACACCCUCAUCUCUCUCGGUCACUCUGCCCCGCUACCGCACCGAAGCCGUCAGUGUUCCCAAAAUAAAUACCACCACUGCCAUCGAAGUCCAGCGACAUGCAAAAGCAGAAGAACGACGUCAGGCUCGUAUAUCGUCUUCUAAAAUAACUGACGCGCGUGGACGAAGGGAACAAACGAAAUUAGCGGAAUUGAGGGAAUUGAUGCGAGAAUGGUCAAAAACUACAAACGUGGAAAGUAUGAGUUCUGCUGAAGUGCCGCCGUUAAUUCCGGAAGAGAUGAUUGAAGACAAUUCCUCUGAAACAAAUGCGAGUGAAGAUGCGAGUGAAGAAAAUGAAGAGAAAAAAGACCCGGCUCGGCUCUUCUUGAGAAGAAAAAGUACGUUCUCUGGAAGUUUGCCUGAACAACCUAAAGAGAAGCUUAUGAGGGAGAGUUUUGCGGAAGUUGUUGAAACUGUUUUGCCACAGCACGCUAACACCUUGCAGAUUACAUUUGGUGGUCAAAUAAUGAAAUGGAUGGAACAAUGUAGUCUUAUCAGCGCAACGCGACAUGCGCGGCGGUUUCUCCUUCUCGCAAGUAUCGAUUCUCUUCAAUUCCUUCGACCAGCAUACGUAGGGGAUUGUGUUACAGUGAGAUCAAUCGUCUCUUGCACAUUCCAUUCUAGUCUUGAAGUGUAUGUUACUGUUGAGGCCGAGAACUUGUUCACUGGCGAGCGAUAUUUUACGAAUGAUGGGUUUGUUACUAUGGUUGCUGUCGACUUUACGAAUAAUCCAACACCAGUACCCAGAGCAAUUCCUCAGCAAGCGGAAGAAUUUGCCAUCCGCGAGAAUGCCGAGGAGCGACGACGAAGGCGGCUUCGGCAACGUAGAGAACUGGUUCAAAAGGAAUUGUCAACCAGUCCCGAUGAAUUUAUCAAGUUUACGGAGCAAUGA